UUUUUUAAUCGAUAGUAGUGUAGUGAUGGAAAUAUAAGGAGACUAAAUACUCAUACUUAUUCAAUUUCUUAUAUCUGGAGUAGAUAUGAUAAAAAACUAGUUGAUUCUGUAUGCUUAAAUAAGAAAUUGAAAACAGAAGAAGAUAAUACCCUUGUAUUACAUUAACAUAUGUAUAAAUAUUUAUACUGUAGUUUAUACUUAAAUGUCUUAUUAAUUUGUUUCUCUUUCAACAUUUAAUUCAUGAUCAAUUUUGUAAGUGUAUCAAAGAUAUAGUUAGAAUGGAUCCAGCAUUAUUAAGAGAACGAGAAUUGUUUAAGAAAAAAGCACUAAGUACCCCCACUGUAGAAAAGAAAAAGACUGAAUCAAAACCCGAACCUUCAAAAGAUGAAAAGAAAAAAUCUAAACCAACAAACAGCACAACCAGCGCCCCUAAACUCGAUAUUAAUACAUAUAAAACCUCUACAGGAAGCUCACAAUAUCGCUUUGGAGUUUUAGCAAAAAUUGUGAAACAUAUGAAAACAAGGCAUCAAGAAGGGGAAACUUAUCCUUUAACUUUAGAAGAAAUUUUAGAUGAAACUAAUCAACUUGAUGUCGGAAAUAAAGUUAAACAGUGGUUACAAACUGAAGCUCUCGUUGACAAUGUUAAAAUAGAAGCAACACCCGAUGGUAAAUUUGCGUUUAAAUCAUUAUAUAAGUUGAAAGAUAGAAAAAGUUUAUUAAAAUUAUUGAAGCAACAAGAUCUGAAAGGUCUGGGGGGUAUAUUACAAGAAGAUGUCCAAGAAUCGUUACCGCAUAGCGAGAAAGCAUUAAAGAUAUUGCAAAACCAAAACGAAGUAAUUUUCAUUACUAGACCAAUGGACAAAAGAAAAGUUUUGUUUUAUAAUGAUAGAACUGCAUCACUUCCUAUUGACGAAGAGUUUCAGAAGUUAUGGAGAUCCGUCGCAGUUGAUGCUAUGGAUGAUGCUAAAAUUGAAGAAUAUUUAGAUAAACAAGGUAUUCGUUCAAUGCAAGAUCAUGGACCCAAAAAACCGGUAGCACCUAAAAGGAAGAAACCUGGUACAAAGAAGAAAGUAUUCAAGAAACCACGUGAUAACGAACAUUUAGCUGAUGUUUUGGAAACUUAUGAAAAUGAUACAUUAACACAAAAAAAUACAGUUUAGUCACUAGGAAACUAUUUUUCGCCUUUAUUUAUAGUUCUAUUAAUAGGAAAAAUAUUGUGAAAUAUUAAUUGGAUAAUAUGUAUACUUAGAUAUGAAACAAUAUGUAAUUUAUUUUA